AUGCACCUUGCGCAUAUUAUUUUAAAAAUUGUUGACAUAUUUUUUCUUAUGAAUAAGAAAGGCUUCCGUGUUAUAUUCUUUAAGUAUAGUGGACCAUCUCUAGAGCAAACGGGGGUUGUAUUACAUACUAUAAAUGUAUUGGUAUAUAUACUGGUAGUUUUUACGCUCAUUAUUUCUAUACAUGGAUGGUUGCCCACACACUUAUAUUUAGAUUCAAAUCAUUUUCUGAAUACAUACCACAUAAUUAAGCUGUACAUUGCGUAUAAACUUGAUUUUUAUGGAAUGCACACUAAUUUAGUUUUUUAA